AUGAGAGGUUGUUGGGCAUCGUUAAUUGAAGAGGUUCCUUCGUUGGGUGUGACGUUAUCGGUCAGUUUGUUGAGUUGUGGAAGUCCGUGCGUUAAUUUGGGAACUCAAAGUGUGUUUGCGGACACGUUCUCGGCGGCUAGAACUGCAAGUCAAGAUGAGGACCUGAAAUUGCCGCCUGCGCUCGAAAAUUGUAUUCGACUCGACUGGGGUUUAGAGCACCGGAUGACACCUUCUGCCUUUAUCUGCAUUGGUCUGAAGUGCUUGACUCAGCUUACUGAGAAUGAGAACCUGGUUCUACGUUUCGUGGACCAGAUUCAAUUUCCUGAAACCCAAGCGAGAAUACAAGUGAAAAUCGACCCAGACUACAUCAAGUAUCCGGAGGCGACCACGACACAGACGAUCACCACACAGACGACCACCACCGAGACGACCAGGACCGAGACGACCACCACCGAGACGACCACGACCGAGGCAACCACGACCGAGACGACCACCACCGAGACGAUCACGACCGCCGCGGGAGUGGAGAUGAACCGGGCGUUAUUAGUGGAGCACGUGUUGUCACAGUUGGCAAGAUACGUGUCCUGUCCGGACUUGCCGGAUGCGGACUUGCCGGGUGCGGACUUGCCGGAUGCGGACUUGCCGGAUGCAGAGAUUCCGGAUGCGGAGAUUCCGGAUGAUGUGAAGGCUCUGUGGCAGCACUACGCCACAGCCAAAUUGCCAGCAGCCAAUUUACAGAAAAGCAAGGAGGAGGAUAUGCGAGCCCUGUACGCACUACGGGCGCGUUUCAGCCGGGCGGAACUGUGCAUGAAUGAAGCGCGACAGAUCUGCACGCAGCAAUGGCGCGGGGUAUGUCGGCCGCGACUGGGACUCAAUGAUGAACAUCGCGUGGCGGUUGUGAAAUGGCUGAAAGGGGGUCUGUGUCCGGAGUGUACACCGCAGGAUAAAACGGACCUACGGGCACCCGCUAGAGUGCGGGCUCUGGCGGACGGAGUUCAAUCCGACGGGUCCAGUGUUUGUUUGUCGCCAGUUACUAAGGAGGCUGUGGAGCAGGUAAAGGCGGACGCCGAAGUGCGGGGUCUUGGAACUGUGGCGUUGCCACCGGCCAAGACGUGGCACCCAUGGAAAGGAAAGCCCCUGUCGGAUACCGAGACUGUGAUAGCACUUCAGGAACUAAGCCAACGCGGCUGCCUUAUCCCGCUUCACGAACUUCUCAAAACGUAUCGCCUUUCUCCCACACUCACAACGCAACUCGUUGAGAAAAUUCGCCAACGACUAAAAGAUGCCGGCAAACGAUGCUGCGUCGGCUCCUACUCCCAGGUCUACGUCACCUUGGAAUGCCGCGAACGGUUCGGGGUUGAAAAAACAAAACUCGGCAUCGUUCUCGCUCGAGAAUGCAUGGAGGCGAUGACACCCAAAAAAGCCAUCCAGGUUACAGACCAAUUUAUUGAACGCUUUAAACAUGACGCAGGCUACUACGCCCGCUCCAAAGAAGAAGCGACCGUCACGGCUGAGCACAUUGUCAGAUGA